CACCCGGCACAUCCAGAAGAGGACUGACCACCCCUCAGAACCUGGUUCCUCUCUAGGUUUCUUCCUAGGUUCCUGCCUUUUGAGUUUUUUCCAGGCACAGUGCUCCUACAUCUGUAUUGCUUGCUGUUUGGGCUUUUAGGCUGGGUUUCUGUACAGCACUUUUUGACAUCUGCUGAUGUAAAAGAGGCUUUAUAAACACAUUUGGUCGAUUGUGAGCAUCGAGUGCUCCUGUCCAACACUUACUACCGAGUGCCAAACUGCCUCUGGAAGCAACGUCAGUACAAGAACUGUUCGUCGGUAGCUUCAUGAAACACUUCACCAUUUGGCAGUUUGAUGGACGAAUCGGGGUUUGGCGGAUGCCAAGAGAACGCUACCUGCUCGAAUGCAUAGUGCCAACUGUACAUUUUGGUGGAGGAGGAAUAAUGGUCUGGGGCUGUUCAUGGUUCGGGAUAGGCCCCAUAGUUCCAGUGAAGGGAAAUCUUAACACUGCAGCAUACAAUGACAUUCUAUACGAUUUUGUGUUUCAAACAUUGUGGCAACAGUUUAGGUAAAGCCCUUUCCUGUUUCAGCAUGACAAUGGAUGCAAGUCCCCGCAGCGAUGUUCUAACAUCUGGUGGUAAAGGAAAGCGUUCCCAGAAGAGUGGAGGCUGUUGAGGCAAACUCCAUAUUAAUGCCCAUGAUUUUUGGAAUGAGAUGUUUGAUGAGCAGGUGACCACAGACGUUUGGUAAUGUAGUGUACGUCUCUGGCCAAGAGAGAAGGCAGUCAACUUUAAAGGGGUCAGUCAGUCUUGUUUACUGCUGGGCUAGAGUCCUGUGGAAAGGCGGUUGACACCAGGUCUUCUCCGACCUGGCUGCUUUGAGCACAACCUCUGCUCACUGAGAUAUCUAGUAAAGCCUGUUCACAGAGUGGGGGAACUGCGGUACCAAGGCUUGCUAUAGAUCUUUACCAGGAACAACCGCAGCAGAAUGUGAAUCAGGUCUGAAAAAAAUCUACACUGUGCAAACAGUUCAGAGCUUUUGGAGCGUGUACAACAAUAUACCUGGAGUUUCCAGUUUACCACUGAGAUGUAGCUAUCACUUAAUGAGAGGAGAGAGAAGACCACUCUGGGAAGAAGAGAGUAAUGCAAAGGGGGGAGUUUGGAAAAUGAAAGUACCCAAAGAAAGCACUCCUGCUGUAUGGAAGGAGUUACUGUUAGCCACUAUUGGGGAGCAAUUCACUGAUUACUGUGCUUCAGAGGAUGAGGUGGUUGGUGUUAGUGUCAGCAUACGAGACAGAGAAGAUGUUGUCCAAAUCUGGAAUGGAAUUGCCUCGUUUGCUAAUGAAGCAAACGUCCUAGGACGGAUCUAUGAACUUCUUCCACAGAUAACUUUUAAGGCAGUAUUCUAUAAGCCACAUGAGGAGCAUCAUGCCUUCGAAGGAGGUCGCCCAAGACAUUAGCACGCUUUGCACAUUUUACACUGUUGUUUUUGGUCUUCGAAAUGGACUGAAUUGUCCCCUAAUCUGAGCUCUACUGUCUUUUGUAAAUGUGUUAUACAAUUACUUCAGUUUGGGCAGACAGAAAAUAUAAUAGCUGGGGCUUCAUUUUAGGAUGACUGAUAGACAUGUACUUUAGUGAUUUUUUUUUAUACAAAGAUAUUUUGCUAAAACUGAAGAGGACAAUAGUUGAUCAUGUAUACAUAUUUGUUUUUACCACAUUUGAUCUCAACAGUGCAAUUUUACCAGAGCCUUUUAUUUGUUAUCACUGGUUCCAGAUCUCACAAUAUAUUUUCAGUAUGUAAGGGAUUUACAUUGUUACCUUAUUCUAGAAUGAAUGAAGAGUCUUUUCCUCAAGACAGUAAUAUUCAUAUGGUUUUAUGCAAAAAUGUUGCACAUUCUCAAUGUUUUUUUGUUUGGUAGUUUUUUUUGGGGGGGGGGGGGUUAGGGGAUAGAAAGCUGUUAACUGUUACUUGUUGUUGGAUUUGUAAAGUGACACCAACUUUUGUACAAAAACAAAAUCAGAAAAUGUUACUAGAAAAAAAAUAUAUGCAGUAGUUUACCCAGUGUUUUUGUAAUAGCGGUGAAUCAUGGACAAACACACUCAAUAUUGUUUUUUUCCGAAAUGCACAAGCCUUUUUCAUUUUUACUAUAAUUAACAGGAUCUCUAUUACUGUUUCUUCAGUUCACUGAGGGUAAUUUCUAAGUUGUGCGUGCACAUGUUUAUUAUAAGCUCCACGAAAGGGAUUUGAUCAAGAAAUAUUACAUUUAUAUUGUGAAUAUUAUUCUUAUUAACAUCCUACAAACUUUAAAAGAAACCCUUCUUAAAAUAAAUAAAAAUGUAUGCUGUAUGAACCGUGCUUUGAGUUGAAUGAGUACUUCUCUUUACCAAAAACCUUUCUUAACCCUCAGUGGUGUGAGAGUGCAUAUUCCCUGCCAAGCAUUUAUGUUUUGUAACCUUGUAAUUAUUGUUAUCAGAUGCCAUCUCUGUAGUUGAUCAAUGUCCUUCCCUGUGACUCAGGUCAUCCAUGUUCAAACACCAAGAUUGAUUAGUCUCCUAGAGAGAAGCUAAUAAUCUUAGACUGUAUAGCUGGGUAUUGUUGCUGUUUUUAAUGAAAGUAUUUGUUUUAGUAAGAUGAGAUCUCAACUGAGUCUUUGGAAUGGUGCCUUGUGUUCCCCUAGGGUUUCGUUCUUGAAUGUUGUUUAUUUUCAACAUAUUGAACCAGUCAAAAUGUAAAAUAAAUAUUUUUGCUGAUUUUGAUAUAUGAAAAAAUAAAAAUGCAAAACAUGUA